AUGUCAACAUUUGUCUUUACGUCGGCCUGGAGGCAGUCAUCUCGGUUCUGUCAUAUCAGGCCGAUCAAACAUGCCACUUGUAAUGUCUUGUCUACAAAAACAAGUUUAGUAACAGGCAGCAUUUUUGAGCAAAUUCCUAAAGAGGAGCUGGCACCGAAAACCAGACCACGGCUGCGAGACAGGGAGUUUCUCCCAGGCUCAACGGAUGAAGGAUUCCCAGAGUUCUUGGCAGAGCCAAAUGACUCUUUCCCGGUCGGUAUGCGAGUCAAUACUGGAGACAAAUCCUCUCUCUUAGAACUGGGUGCAAAUUGCAUGGAAUACAUAAAGACGAACCUUGCUAAUAGCCAGGCGAUAUUGUUCCGCGGACUUCCAGCUGAAACAGCAGAGGACUUCUUGGCCUUAACCCAAGGAAUGCGAGGCAAGCCUCUGAACUACGAGGGUGGUGCUACACCCAGACCCAAGGAAUUGAAAAAUUCUGACAUCUACUUCGCCACUACUGAGCCCGGAGCGUACACCAUCGAGUUACACAAUGAAAUGGCGUAUCUCAAGACUUUCCCCAGGAAGGUAUGUCUAGAAUGAAAUAAAGACGAGUGAUGCUGAGGUGCCGAGGUAUUUUGUGGGCGCCCCACGCCACCCCAAUCUGUCACCAGGUUUAUGAUGCGCUAUCACUAAUUCAGUAGUUCUUUCGCUAAUCCAUACAUUCGUUCAUUGUAAAUAAGUUUACUUGAACUCUGGUUUAUUUGUUUUCUCGUUUUCUUGUUCUUUCUUUCAUUCACUUGUUUACUUGAUCACUUGUUCACUUGUUCAUUUGUUCACUUGAUCACUUGUUCACUUGUUCACUUGUUCACUUGUUCACUUGUUCACUUGUUCACUUGUUCACUUGUUCACUUGUUCACUUGUUCACUUGUUCACUUGUUCACUUGUUCACUUGUUCACUUGUUCACUUGUUCACUUGUUCACUUGUUCACUUGCUCACUUGUUCACUUGUUCACUUGUUCACUUGUUCACUUGAUCACUUGUUCACUUGAUCACUUGAUCACUUGUUCACUUGUUCACUUGUUCACUUGUUCACUUGUUCACUUGUUCACUUGUUCACUUGAUCACUUGUUCACUUGUUCACCUGUUCACCUGUUCACUUGUUCACUUGAUCACUUGAUCACUUGAUCACUUGUUCACUUGAUCACUUGUUCACUUGUUCACUUGAUCACUUGUUCACUGGAUCACUUGAUCACUUGAUCACUUGAUCACUUGAUCACUUGUUCACUUGAUCACUUGAUCACUUGUUUACUUGAUCACUUGUUCACUUGAUCACUUGAUCAUUUGUUCUCUUGAUCACUUGAACACUUGUUCACUUGUUCACUUGAUCACUUGUUUACUUGAUCACUUGAUCACUUGAUCACUUGAUCACUUGAUCACUUGAUCACUUGAUCACUUGUUCACUUGAUCACUUGAUCACUUGUUUACUUGAUCACUUUUUCACUUUAUCAUUUGUUCACUUGUUCACUUAAUCACUUGAUCACUUGAUCACUUGAUCACUUGAUCACUUGAUCACUUGAUCACUUGAUCACUUGAUCACUUGUUCACUUGAUCACUUGAUCACUUGUUUACUUGAUCACUUGUUCACUUGAUCACUUGAUCAUUUGUUCUCUUGAUCACUUGAUCACUUGUUUACUUGAUCACUUGUUCACUUUAUCAUUUGUUCACUUGAUCACUUGUUCACUUGAACACUUGUUCACUUGAUCACUUAAUCACUUUAUCAUUUGUUCACUUGUUCACUUAAUCACUUGAUCACUUGAUCAUUUGUUCUCUUGAUCACUUGAUCACUUGUUUACUUGAUCACUUGUUCACUUGUUUCUUUUGUUCACUUGUUCACUUGAUCACUUGAUCACUUUAUCAUUUGUUCACUUGUUCACUUGUUCACUUGUUCACUUGUUCACUUAAUCACUUGAUCACUUGAUCACUUGUUCACUUGAUCACUUGUUUACUUGUUCACUUGCUCGCUUGAUCACCUGAUCACUUGUUCACUUGAUCACUUGAUCACUUGUUCACUUGUUCACUUGUUCACCUGUUCACUUGUUCACUUGUUCACUUGUUCGCUUGAUCAUUUGUUCAUUUGUUCAAUUGUUCACUUGAUCACUUGAUCACUUGUUCACUUUAUCACUUGUUCACCCGUUCAUUUGCUAAUCCUCUCAUUUACCCAUUCGAUUAUGUUUCAUUAAUCCAUUAGUUCUUUGCUUCAUUGCUUUACAGGUUCAUUGGUUUAUUCGCUAAUACGACUAUUUUUUUUACUCGUCCACUCGUUGAUUCUUCCAUGCCUUUAUCCGUCUAAUAUCUUUUUCAGAUUUUCUUUUUCUGCCUAAAAGAGCCUGGCGAGAGUUGUGGUGGCGAGACUCCUUUGGCUAGAUGCAGCGACAUUGUAUCCAAACUUGAUCCCGAAGUCGUGAAAAAGUUCGGGGUAAAAGGAGUCAUGUAUGUACGAUAUCUGCCGGACAAAUCACGAUCAGACUACAUGCCCUGGCAGCAUCAGUUUUACACUGACGACAGAAAGGUAAUACAACUUGGUUCACAUCAGGAAUCCCAUGUCAGAAUUGAUUGUCCUUUAAAGACAAAAAAAAAUAGUGAAGAUUUCAAAAGAAAAUGACGAUUAUCAAUCUCGAACCCGGGUAUAGAAUGUUCACUGAUGACCUUAUUUACUCUUUUAGGCAGCAGAAAUAAGAGCACAGCAGCAAGGUUACACUGUAAGAUGGGACGAUAAUGGUGAUAUGUACCUGACUUACACCGCACCGGCCUUUCUUUCUCACCCAGUAACAGGAGAAAAAAUCUGGUUCAACCAAAUAACAACUCACCACUGUACUUACUCGAAAGCACUGCCACAGUACAAAGGUUCUGAUCUCCCGGAUGAGAAAUAUCCCCAUCACACCUAUUAUGGAGACGGAAGUGACAUCGAGCCGGAAGUGUUACAACACAUCAGAGCAGUUUCAUGGUCAUGCGCAACUGGAUUUCGGUGGAAGAAGGGUGAUUUGAUAGCGCUUGAUAAUCUGAACGUUCAGCAUGGACGAAUGGCUUUCACGGGGGAGAGAAAAAUACUGGUGCAUAUGACGGCAGACUGA